AUGUCGGAAUCAAACCUUUCUAAAGCAGUUUUGGAUGAUAUUUGUCGUGGUCUUGGUUUACCUACCGAUGGUGUCAAAGCUGAUUUAGUUCAAAGAAUCAAGGAUUAUACUCUCGAUGAUGUACGCAAACAGCAGGUUGGGUCAAAUGAAACUAUUGCAGAGGAAAUGAAUCUGGAAGAGCAGUUACCGGACUCUCUUUCUGAGGGUUCGGGCACUUCUGGUUUAAACUUUCAAGCGCGUUCCUUGCAGCAGUUGGUUCAAAACACACGACAGAAAGGGAAAGCAGUGUUAGUGGAAACGGAUGAACCUAGAAAUAGCGUUUCGCGUGAACAGGAAACUCGAAACUUUUGUAACAUCGAUACAGAACAGGUACCACGACAGAGCCCUAAUAAACGCAGAUUGUUUGAGGGAGAUGAUGAUAGUGCUAUCGUUCUAGAAACUA